UGCUUCGAGCACUUUAACCCCCUCACCCCACAUACAUAGUCCUCAAGGAUACAUUCUCGAAGCAUGGCUCCAAGUGGCUUCUUCAAGAUGAGUACAAGCAUAGAAGUCAUUACAGCCAUCGCGACCUCCGGCCAUAAUAUCAACGCUGUCCGACAGGCAGUGAUCAUGUACAUUGUGGCCAAAAAGAAAAAGGGGCAUUCUGAACAAUACAUACACGAAAAAUUAGGAAAAUUAGAGCUCAAGUUCAUGCACAUAGAGGCAUUACAUCCCGCUUGGAGAGACGCUCGAGCGUUAUUCCAGCUUCGCAAAUCUGAUCACAUCCCCAUGCCCAUGUCCAUUGUUCGCGAGCGUGCAAACGAGGAGCGUCGCCAGUUGGAGCGGGAGGCGUCUUCAAUGGCACUAUCGAGUCCAGUUGCUUCUUCCGCAUCAACUUACACAUCGUCUUCAGCAUCCAUGUACACGUCGUCUUCAGCAUCCAUGUACACGUCGUCUUCAGCAUCAACUCGUCCUUCAUCAGUGCCGUCUAUUACAUCAGUAAUAUCGACUGCCAACUCGCCUUCACCUCUAAGCUGGGAUAGUACAAGCAAACAAGAUGAACCAGGAUAUCACUCUCCAUAUCACGCUCAUUCAUCCCGCCGUGACACAGCAUUGUUCUCACUCUCCGAGUAUAGUGAAGACUCAGAGCUCGACGACCACGUGUUCAUCCUGCCAUCAGGUAACCCGCAGAAUUAGCAUGGGGUGUGUGGCAUCGACGGCCUCUUUAACUUAUCCCGAAAUCUAUAUCUCCCGCAUCUCUCUUCCUUUCGAAACCAUACGAUGUACUACUUCUUCUACGUGUCCCAGGGCCU